UGCACACAUGAAUGAGCUGAUGAGUUUAGAGACUGUACACCUCGAUCAGCACACACAGGACUUAAGGCGUUUAUACGACAAGGUUGAGGCUAACAUUAGAGGGUUAGAUGCUUUAGGGGUGAAGCCUGAAGCAUAUGGAGCCUUAUUCACGCCAAUUUUGGUAAAGAAGUUGCCUGCUGAGUUGCGACUGAAUCUUGCUCGAAGAGUUUCUUCAUCUGAGUGGAACCUUACAAAGAUCAUGGAGAUGCUUAAGGAGGAGUUAGAGGCUCGAGAGCGUGCUGUAUUCGCACCUAUAAGCCGAGGAAAGACUGCACCUACUCAUAAAGGAAGAGCUUCUCAUAGUGGAACGUAUGCCAGUACUAAUUCAGAGAGGCCCAGUUGUUGCUACUGUGGCCAAGAAGGUCACGCAUCGACUAAUUGUAAGAAGUUCACGUCAGUUGAAGAUAGGAAACGUAUUAUAAGAGAAUCUAAUCGUUGUUUUAAUUGCUUAAGAAAGGGUCAUGUGGGUAGUACAUGUUAAUCUCUGUCUAAAUGUAGAAAUUGUGGGGGUAGGCACCAUACAAGCAUAUGCUUUAAAACUAGAGAGCUUAAACCUUCCCAUGCCAAUAAAGAAAAUCCUCAUAGUAGCACUAGUACUCAGCCAAGCAUGACAAGUCCCAGUCAAUCACGGCCUCUAGAUCCCAAAGCUGAAUCCUAUAAUCCAUCAACUGCAUGUUAUACAGGAGGUCGACAGCACAUAUUAUUGCAAACUGCCACAGUGCAUGCCUUUAACCUAGAAAAACCUGAUUAUAAAUUAAGAUUAAAUGUACUUAUGGAUAGUGGCAGCCAAAGUUCCUACAUUACAAAGAGGGCUUGCAAGGAAUUGAGUCUGAGAAGGUUGGGAAGGAAGUCUAUGUCAAUUAUGACCUUUGGUAAUAAGAAAGAGAGACAAAAGAGAUGUGAUAUUGUUAAUAUAGGAGUUGAAACUGUAGACAAUGGGUGUGUUGAAUUGAGAUUGCUGUCUGUUGAGCAUAUUUGUGAACCUAUUUCUAAUAGUGGUAUUGAUUUAGACCAAUACCCUUACUUGAAGCAAUUGAAUUUAGCCUUUGACUCUUUUAAUGAUGUACCCUUAGAAAUUGAUAUUUUAUUAGGUUCUGAUCAAUAUUGGGGCAUUAUGACCGGGAAGGUAAUUAGAGUACGGAAUGGUCCCACAGCACUUGAUACCCAGUUUGGUUGGGUUCUUUUGGGCCCGGUUAUCUUAAAACAGCGUUCAGAGAAUGAGAUUGCACUAGUUACACAUGUAUUGAGAGUUGAUAGUGUGCCAGAGUGUCGAGCAUUGGAUAGAACAUUGAGAGAGUUUUGGAAUAUUGAAGCAUUGGGAAUAUUAGAGAGAGAGGACAUAGUCCAAACCCAGUUUGAACAGCAUGUAUCAUUUGAGAACGGACGCUAUGUAGUCUCAUUGCCAUGGAGAGACCAUUGCUUAUCCCUACCUACUAAUUAUAAACUCUGUGUACGUAGAUUAAAUGGUUUGUUAAGGCGAUUACAAAGGACGCCUGAGCUUUUAGAGAAAUACAAUAGCAUUAUACAAGAGCAAAUUAAUUUGGGUAUAGUGGUACCUGCAUCACGCCGACACGUGAUUGAAUCUAGCACGAAACUCCACUAUUUACCACAUCACGCUGUGGUUAGGCACGAUAAGACCACGACUAAAGUUAGGAUUGUGUAUGAUGCGUCAGCGAAGUUGGAGGGACCAUCCCUCAAUGAGUGCCUUCACGUUGGUCCAUCACUGAAUCAGAAGAUAAUGGACAUUUUGUUGCGCUUUAGAUUGCAUGCAGUAGCUAUGAUUGCGGAUAUUGAGAAAGCAUUUUUAAUGGUUCAAGUAGCUGAAGAAGACCAAGAUGCAUUGAGAUUUUUGUGGGUUAGAGACAUACAUGAAGAGAAGCCUGAGAUUAUUGAGUUGAAGUUUACGCGGGUAGUGUUUGGGGUUACGCCUAGCCCUUAUCUACUGAAUGCUACCAUCGCGGAGCACCUGAAGCGCAAUGCACACACUUAUCCUCACGUGACAGAUCAGAUUAAGAAAUCUAUUUAUGUUGAUGAUAUUGUAACUGGGGUGGAGAAUGCAGAAGAAGCCUUUGAAUUUUACAAGAAGUCCAAGCAUAUUUUUAAAUUGGGGGGUUUUAAUUUGAGAAAGUUUUUUAGCAGCAGUCUAGAAGUCCAGAACUUAAUUGAUAAAGCUGAGCAAGGAGUUGGAGAGUCUGACAAUAAUGAUGUCUCAUAUACACAUAUCACAUUGGGUGGUUCUGUUCCCAUUAAUAGAGGGGAGUGCAAGGUUUUAGGCUUAGUAUGGCAGUUGGAUAGAGAUGAAAUUGUCAUUAGUAUUGAUCAUAUUCUUAAUGAAGCAUUGGCUAAUCAUCCCACAAAGAGGAGUGUAGUGAGCAUUGUUAGUAAGGUCUAUGAUCCUGUUGGGUUUUUAGCUCCAGCCAUUAUUCCUCUAAAGAUUUUCUUCCAAGAGUUAUGUGUGUCAAAGAUAGAAUGGGAUGAGCCACUGACUGAUGAUUUGGAUGAGAAGUGGGCCAGACUGUUGGAGGGUCUGAGAACCAAGGAGCCUAUUCGUAUUGCGCGGCGUUACUCUCACAGUAACUCUACUAGUUACACGUUGCUUGGAUUCUGUGAUGCAUCGCAGCGAGCUUACGCGGCUGUUGCGUAUUUGUCAGAUGCUAAUGGUUCAUGUAGUUUAAUAGCAUCAAAGACACGAGUAGCACCUUUAUUGAAGCAAACUAUUCCUCGAUUGGAGCUCCUGGGAGCGGUGCUUCUAGCUAGACUGAUGACUACUAUCAAGGAUGCUCUGGGAGAUUCAAUAAAGGACUGUAUCUGUUUUACAGAUUCUCAAGUUGCUUUACACUGGAUCAAGGGUACAGAGAGAAGUUGGAAGCCAUUUGUUCAAAAUAGAGUUGCUGAAAUAAGAGGAAAGGUGCCUACACAUUGUUGGAGACAUUGCAGGGGAAGAGAUAACCCAGCUGAUUUGCCAUCACGGGGAACUACUCUGAGAGAUCUACAGAAGAAUGAGUUGUGGUUACAUGGUCCAGAUUGGUUUGAUCCUGAAUCCAUUACAGCAGACACAGUUACUUCAGUUCCACCAGAGUGCCUGGAGGAACUACGAGCUAAGGAUAAGAUAUCUGUGACUAUGAGUGUAGCAGAUAAGUCUGGAGUGGGAUCUUUGAUUGAUAUCAAGCGAUUUAGCAGCUGCGAGCGGCUACUGCGAACCACGGCGUGCGUAUUAUCGUUUUUAGGUAAACUGAGAAGAAGACUGAAUGAUGAUGAUACUAGUUCUGGGAUAGAAGAAACUGAGAUUUACUCUCACUAUACUAGGAAGGAUCUGGAAGAAGCAGAGGUUCUGUGGCUGAAAGAAGCACAACGAGGUCUUAUACGUGAAGAGUGGAAAUUUCAAUUUCAGUUGUAUACAGAUGGACAAGGUUUAUGGAGAUGUCGGGGUAGACUGGGAAACGCGGAGUUGUCAUUUAACACUCGUCAUCCUAUACUGUUACCAAAGUCUCAUGCAUUUACAGAGUUGGUGGUGAGGAGAGCACAUUUUCGUGUAUUGCAUUCAGGAGUGAAGGACACAUUAACUGAGUUACGGAGCAGAUUUUGGAUACCUGGGGGACGGUCUCUUGUUCGGUACUUAAUACAUCGGUGUGUUAUCUGUCGGAGAUAUAAUACUUCAUACUAUCGUCCACCUCCACCACCACCACUACCUGCCUACAGAGUUCAAGGAGGUCUUGCAUUUUCUUCUGUAGGAGUUGAUUACGCUGGUCCUAUGACCAUCAAACAUUAUACACACACUUCACACAACAUCAAUUCACACACAAAGUCUGGGGCACAAAAUGCAUACACAUCAUGCGAGGGUAAGGCAUGGGUGUGCCUCUUCACUUGUUGUGCAUCACGGGCGGUUCAUCUGGAUGUAGUGAUCGAUCUAACUUCAAGGAGCUUCAUUCGUUGUUUCAAGAGAUUCAUUUCUAGGAGGGGAUUACCGGCACGAGUAAUAUCUGAUAAUGGUUCUAUGUUCAAGGCAUCAGCCAGGACACUUCAGGAGAUAUUUACUAAUCAGGAAGUCAAGAGGUUCCUAACCAACCACAACAUCAAUUGGAUAUUCAAUGUGGAACGCGUCCCUUGGUGGGGAGGCUUUUUUGAGCGCCUUAUUCAGUCAUUAAAGAGGUGUUUGAAGAAAAUGAUUGGAAGGGCUAGACUAACAUACAAGGAGUUGGUGACUGAGGUAGCUGAGGUGGAACUUAUCUUAAAUUCACGACCCCUGACAUACAUGUCUGCAGAUGACAUGGAUGAGCCUCUCACUCCAUCACAUCUAAUCUGUGGCAGGAGGUUGCUGAGCUUACCAGAUCACUUGUGUUAUAACAACUCAGAAGAUGAAGAUUAUCAACCUCAGCCCUCUACCAUUUUUACUAAGAGAGUCAAGUAUUUGAGCUCCAUUCUGGAUAGGUUUUGGACACGCUGGAGACAAGAGUACUUGCUGGAACUGAGAGAGUCUCAUAGACGAUUGGAGGGAAGACGUCCUGAUCAAGUUAAUGUAGGAGAUGUGGUCAUUAUUUAUGAUGAUAUACCUCGUGGUCUUUGGAAGCUAGGAGUAAUAGAGAAGACUAUAAUGGGUCGAGAUCAAGAGAUAAGGGGAGCUGUUGUUAGAGUUGGAUCAGGUUCUCAACCAUCAUCAUUUUUGAGAAGACCAAUUCAAAGAUUAUAUCCACUGGAAUUGAGGUCAGUGGAAAGCAGUGUCAAUGAACAGAUCAGUCACUCAGAAUACAGUGAUAACACUCAAGCUGACCACUCAGCGGAUAGUACUAAUAAUGUGGAAACUAAUUCUGGUGGUCCUAGUGCUGAGGCUGAGAAUGUAGAACCUGAAUCAGGUAAUACUACAGACAUAGGCCGUACUACCAUUCGUCCACGUCGCAAGGCUGCUACAGAAGCUCGAGACAGGAUUGUUGCAAGAUUACUCGAAGGAUCAGAUUGAUGGUCUAUGUUGAGGUAAAUCUACCUUCUUCAAACUAAUUUGUUAUUAUUUCUGUCAUGUUGUACUCUAUUAUUGUUUGUUUGCAAUUCUGAUUAAUUCCUUUGUGUAUUGAUGUGAGUUGUUAGUUUUCUUAUUGAAGUAUGAUGUAUGUAUAGUUAUUAUUAUUGUUUGUUAUUGCUAGCAUUAAAGUUAUUGCUUAUUACUGUUAUUAUUUUCUUAAUUUUUGUGGAUGUAUUUUGUCUCUUAAUAUUAGUAUUGUGUUGGACAGAUUGUAUCUAUCCAACAGGUGGGGAGUGUGUCAGAUAUUCAUAGAUUAUUAAUUAUUGUGUGAUGUCAUUUCCUGUUUUGGUAUUGUGUGUAUAUAAACUCAUUUUUGUAAUUAUUGUUUAGUCGGCAAUAGUCGCUCACUAAUUUGUGUAUCUCUCUCUCUCUCUUUUCGUUGAUUGGUUUUUCAAACAUAUCUUUGGUCCACUAUAUUGGCGUGAGCAGAUUGCGCGCAGAUUAGCAGUCCGUCAUCGUCAGGGAGAUCGAAAGCUGUUGUUACGGUAAAGCACGACUGAUCUGGCAUUUCGACUGACGGUUACUCAUUCCGAGAGAAGAGGCAUUUACUUUAUAGGAUCUCGCGGAGAACUCUACCCCACAUUCUUCUGGUCCACCGAGCCGGAUACAAGGUAUACUAGUUAUUUAAGUAUCGAUCGGAGAGCUCUUCUGUGAUUAUAUACGGUGUUUGUUUGAGCCUCAGUCUGUGCACAUUUAUUAUUAUACUAUAUAUGCUUUUGUUGGGAGUCUGAGGGUGAGAGAUUAUUUUGUUUAAUUUUUUGUAAUAUUUUGUGUUUGUGUACGUGUUAUUGCUGGAGAAGCGGCGCUUACACGUGUUUGAACAAAGACUUCCUUAUCAAUUAUCAGUGACCUUUGUGGUUGACUUGUAAUAACUUGCUGACCUUUGCAAAAAUCAUUUCUAUAAUUGUGUAAA